UAAAAAAAAAAAAACCCCAAAAACCUAACUUGGCCGAGAGGUCACUAGCUUUUUUCUCCCUUUUGGACGAAAUACUGAGAGAGGCACAGAGCCCCUCUUCUGAACGAAGUCGCCGUUUAAUCUCUGUGCGCAGAACUUGAUUUUUAAAUUGUAACAAUGGAAGAUGUCAUAACAGAAAUACCCCCACCUUCGAGAUUCUUUCAGGAAGAUCUUAACAACUUUGUACCUCCAUCUCCAUCUCUUCCGUUGCCCUUCCUUGUGCUUUCUAACCCCAAGCCUAAUAAGCCUCUUCGUCCAUCUAUCCUCAUCAUCGCGAAAUCUUCUCCAUCUUUGUUUAUCUUCCACCGUUUGUCACCUAAGACCUUAAUUGGAAGUCUUAUCCUUCCUGAGAUCCCUUUCUCUGGCAUCUCCGUCGAACCCUCCCUGGGAGACAAAACUUGCAAUAUUUAUUCCCUCAAUGAUGGGGAUAAUUCUACCCUGCUUGUAUCAGUUCAACAUGGUGUCUGCACAGAGAGAUCUCACCUUGUUGCAAGGUUGCUGAUAGGUGAGGAUAUUGUUCCUGAGAGGGUUCUAAUUUUGGAUUCAAUUCAGAGCCAGAACUUCAGGGGCAAGCUCUCACCAGAUGAAACAUAUGCUUUUAAGCUGGAGACAUUAGCAGAAAGAAAAGCAUUGGGUGGUGUCAAUGUAGGUUCCUCACUGCUAAAGGGUUUAGAGUAUUUUCCAUCAGGUAGUAUGAUUGAUGGCCUGGCUGCUGCUCUGUUGAGUCGGUGCCAAUUGAAGAACAUAAAGGGAACGUUGUGUGUUUCAUGGCCUGAAUUCGGUAGUUCUGUGGUGGCUCUGAUUAGAUCUCUUCUGCAAAGGAAUGUGCUGCCUAGCUUGGACUUGAGCUUGAAGGGAGAGGUGAAGGUCCUGCAGGAUCAAUAUGCAAGGUUCAAUCGAAUUAAGCAUCAGCCUUAUGAUACUGAAUUGUAUACAUAGUGAAACUGGGAUUAUCCAUUCACACACACAAAAAGGGGGGAUAGCUUUAUGUUUUUAUUCCUUUCUUGACAUUUCUUCUCCCUGUUUGACAUGUGCUGUCAAAAGUUUUUCUUUUGCAUAAAAACUUCUGAACUUAUUUCUGUUUGUCCUUUGUCUUACAUGUAAUGACCAAUGUGUGUUAGAAUUACAUUGAAACAAUCUGACGCCUAUGGAAAGCAGUCAUCUGCUUUACAAGUCAUAAGAAGUUAAAAUCUGAUUGCACAUUUGCCUAAAUUAUUUGUUGUUGAUGUU